AAUUUGCUCCUCUCCUCCGUUUCCUCACUCACUGCUUCUCUGUACUUCUUUGAGCAGAAGGAUGUGGGGGGGUGUAUGUGUGUGGUAUUUGGGGCUUCUGCUUUUGGGGUUAAGAUGGGUGCAUGGACAAAGCCAGACCAACUUUACAAGGCCCAUAUUCCUCUGUGGUGGUCAUUUGGUGCAAGACUCAGGAUUUGUGGCUAGUGAGGGUUUUCCCUCUCAUUACAAACCGAACUCUAAAUGCACCUGGUACAUUACAGUCCCGGAAGGUCAUGUUGUAAUGCUGCAGUUCAGGAUCUUUGAUUUAGAGGCAGAUCCCACCUGUCGCUAUGACUACGUGGACGUCUAUAAUGGGCACUCGUACACAGUGCAGAAACUGGGCCGGUACUGUGGAACGUUUCGACCCGGUGCCCUCAUCUCCACCUCAAACACCAUGAUGGUGGAGAUGGCAUCUGAUGGAAGCACAGGAGGAAGAGGAUUUGUGGCUUACUUUAGCGGAGGGAAACCACAUGUUGAAGAGAAUCAGUUCUGUGGUGGCAGACUGACUAAACCCCAAGGUUCAGUGAAGACACCAAACUGGCCAGAAUCUGAUUACCCAGCAGGCAUCAGCUGUUCUUGGCACAUAUCUGUGGAUACCAACAUGGUUAUUGAGGUUACGUUUGAGAAACUGGACUUGGAAUCAGACAUGUACUGUCGUUAUGACUAUGUGACCCUGUUUAACGGGGGAGAGACCGAUGACUCUCGGCGGAUUGGCAAAUUCUGCGGAGACAUGGUUCCAGAUGCGGUAGUUACCAAUGGAAAUGAGCUGCUGGUGCACUUUGUAUCCGAUCUGAGUGUCACAGCUGCAGGCUUUAUGGCUCACUACAAGAGUAUUCCCCGUGGGUCCCGGACACCCACUUCUGGCCUGGACACAGUAUCCAGCCCUAGAGUGGACUCUUCAUCUACUAACUCUAAUACUCCACCAGCAAGACCUAAACCCAAAGUUAAACCUACUGUUAAACCAAAACCAAAAGCUCCAUUAGGACCACGUAAGCCCAAGCCAACUCCUAAGCCUAGGUCAAAACCCACACCCAAGCCCAAAGUUAGACCUACUCCUCCAACAAAGCCUAAGUCUACGACAAGAACUGGUGCUAAAGUCACGCCAAAGCCUGCUGUAAAAGUAACACCACCUAAGAUUAAGCCUGCACCUAAACCUGCCGCCAAACAACCAAAACCAAAUACACCAAGUGCUACAACAAAGCCGAAAGUGAAGCCAGUCCCUGGUGUCAAAGCAACUGCAAAGCCAAAGACAGUGGGGAACCCGCUGUGUUCACAACCGUGCAAAAAAAUAGGCACUUUGGUGACGCGUUUCUGCCCAAGUCAUUUUGUGUUGACUGGUAAAGUGAUAUCAGUGACCCCAGGACCACAAGGCAGUGCUGAAGUUGAAGUGUCCAUCAUAAAGAUGUAUAAGGCAGGUAGACUCAGUAUCAAAAAGAGAGGACCCACCUCAUCCGUCACACUGAAAACCACAUGCAUGAAGUGUCCAGCACUGAGUAAAGGAGUGAACUAUGUGCUGAUGGGAGAGGUGAAUGACGAAGGCCUCGGCACACUGACCCCGUCCAGCUUUGCCCUUCAGCACAAACCAGUGCAUGAUAAAGCAAUGGCCAUUCUGGCAAAGAAAUCAUGUUGACAUCACAACCACACUGUCCAACCACAAUGGAAAAACAAGUUUAAUCCCACCCACUCUGGGUUAUUAACCUUAUAUGGAGAUGUUAGGUCAAAUAAACUAAAACCAUGAUUAUUCAUUUUGCAUCUCUUAUAUAUAUAUAAUUUGAGGUUUUGUGGCAGAAAGGUAAACAAUUCAGCACAUCAUCUCCUUGUUAUUCUUUAACAACGUGUCAUAAAAAAGUCAAAAAAUGGUCUGUCUCUGGGUACCCUUUGAAAAGGUCCUAACAUGUAUCAUUUAGGUACAGUAUACAUUUGGUACCAUGUACCUUUGAGAUACUAAUACAGUAUACACUCUUUAGGUGGAAAGGUGUACUUUUUGAAAGGGUACAGUCCCAGUGGCAGCUAGGGACCCUUUUAUUUUGACUAUUUUUCUAACAGUGCACCAAGAGGGAAAACAGAAGAUUAAGAAAUCUGUGGCAUGUUAUG